GUAGAUGGUAGUAGUGCAACCAAACAAGAAAAUCCCUAGUCACUCUUUGGUGAUCUCAUAAAAUUACUAAAAAAUAUAUUUUUCUUCAUUUCUGUGUGACGGGCUCGUUAUUUCAGUACAUUCUUGAUUACAAUUAAUUAAAGUAAUUUAUUGACAUUUUGAAUGAUCUUAAUUACUUCAGUUUCGGUGUGUUGUGUUCAUUUCUUAUUAUGCUUUGACAGCGGCAGAAGAAUAGUUAGAAGAAAGUUUUGAAAUACUCAACAAGUCUGCCACCCAGGAGAAAUUUAUUUGUACAUAAGACAAAAAUGACUGAAUAUAAACUAGUAGUAGUAGGCGCUGGUGGUGUGGGCAAAUCAGCACUAACCAUACAGCUUAUACAAAAUCAUUUUGUAGAUGAAUAUGACCCUACUAUAGAAGACUCCUACAGAAAACAAGUGGUAAUAGAUGGGGAUACUUGUCUUUUGGACAUUCUGGACACUGCUGGUCAAGAAGAAUACAGUGCUAUGAGAGACCAGUACAUGAGAACUGGUGAAGGGUUUCUUUUAGUGUUUGCAGUAAAUUCUGCUAAAAGCUUUGAAGAUAUAGGCACAUACAGGGAGCAAAUUAAGCGUGUAAAAGAUGCAGAAGAAGUUCCAAUGGUCCUUGUUGGAAAUAAAUGUGACCUGCCUUCAUGGCCAGUUGAUAUGGGCCAAGCCAGAGAGGUUGCCAAAUCAUAUGGUAUACCAUUUGUAGAAACCUCAGCCAAAACAAGGAUGGGUGUUGAUGAUGCCUUUUACACAUUAGUUCGGGAAAUUAGAAAGGAUAAAAAUAGGAAAAAAGCUGCUCACGGACAUGGUCAUGGGCGUGGACCUUUCAAGCUAAGGUGUUCAAUACUAUAGAUAGACUGGAAUUGUUAUCAAUGAUCUCUAUGGGAAGAUCAAGUGAUAAUUGUUAUAAAUUAAUUAUAACAACUCACUUUGAUUUUUAAACUGGCUACAGAUUAGAGUGGGUUAGAGGAUAUGGCUCUUUUGACAGUACUUAGAACUUUUUAAUGCGUUUGUGUAAUAGUGUAGUUUUAUUUUAUUUGAAAUAUUAAUGUGUGAAAAUGAGAUUUUAUCUAAAUAUUUAUAACUUUUAUGUACUUUGAAGGAAAGAAAAAAAGUAGUACAAAUGAAAAUUACACAAUCUACUUUUAUAUUAUAGAAACAUUUCUUAUAUACAUUCUAACCAAUUAUGAUUUCUACAGAUAAAAAUCAUAAAUGAAAAAUUACCGAUGCCAUUUUUCUUUUCCUGCAUUGUCCUGUAAAUAUUUUUUAAAUUGUUGAUUAUUUCUAAUUUUCUUUGUCUAUAUACACUGUCAUAAGACUUUAUUUUUGCACUUCCUAAUCUGUGGCAUUGUUGUGAGUUAAUAAAGAAAAAAAUGCAGCGUGUGUGUCUUAAAAUGGAGUGUAAUGUGUGACAAUGAGUUAAAAAUAUCAAAUAUUUAGUUUCAGGUUUUUAUAUAUACUAUAAAGAUAUUUUUUUAUAUUGGGAAACUUAGGAAACAAAACUUUUAGUGAAUGUGUAAAUUAUAUUUUAAUUGCUUUUGUUUUAUUUUAUUUCUGUUAUGCUUUUAUCUUUGGUACCAGAGUGUUAAUUCCAAAGUAGUUAUCUUGUAAUAUUGACGAGUUUAAAAUUGAGGAAUAUGACAAAAGCUUGUUGGCUGUUAAACAUUUUUAUUUUCCAAUCUAGUUAAUAUUGAAAUUUUAAGUCACUUAAACUCUUCAUUCAACUACUCUCCUCUUAUUUGAACUCACAUUAAGACUGGAAACAUUCACCUUUUAUAUAUAAUGAAGCAAAAAUCUAUGAACAUUCUAAAAAUAUUAAUAAUUUACAAUUUUGUAGGAGACAAAAAAAUUCUUCAUUUUAACAAUAAUUGUUAUUUAAAACAUAACAGUUGUUUCCAGUUUCUCAAUAUUAAGAUUACAGAAUGAACUCUGCUUAUAAUUUUAAUGAAAAAAGUUCUAAAUUGCUGUUACGUACCUAUUAAAAAACAAAUUUAUGUAUAAGAUUAUAAGAAAAUUUGCUUCUUUAAAAAUAUAUAUUCUCUACGCACACUGUUUGUGAUGAAAUUUUUACACAUACAAUACAUUACUUAGUUGUUAAGAAGGGUAAAGUUUCUGGUAAUCUAUAAAAUAUUUAUCAAAUUGUACACAUCAGAAUUUUAGAAAAGAGAUUAAUUCCCUGAAUAUUCAUUAAAGUUACUUAGUUUCUCUUGUGUACAUGUUACAUUUAUCUAUAAUCUAUAAAAGAAAAAACUGAAACUCUUAUCUUUAAAAGUAGGUUAUUAUUAUUCACAGAAUAUUGUUUUUCUUGUACCACUUCACAUGCAGGUUAUCUUCCUCACAUAGUUUUCCCCUUUUUGCUUCCAUUUUCUUUAUUUGGUCAAUCAAUUACUUCUAUUCCUUAUAUGUUAUAUCUGAUGUUAACUAAGGAUUCCGGUCGUUUUUGUAUCCAUUUUUUCCAUUAUCUCUUCUCAUCUUUCUUAAUUCCUCUAUUUGUCCACAAUACUCUUUCUUUCUUGAUUUGUUUUGGUUUUCUAAUACUGUUCCAACUUUAUCUCUCUUGUGAAUCUGUUUUCAUUCUUACUACAUGUUCAUAUGAAUUCAGAAGUUUCUUGUCUUAAUUUUAUUUUUAUUAGGUAUUUCAUUUCCAUUCCAUUUAUUUUUCCUCCUGUUUGCUCAAUUUUCUGUUGCUUAUGUUAUAGUUGGUAGUUAUCAUGUAAUAUAUCGUAUUGUUACUUUUGGUGUCCUAGUAUUGUUUUAUUCACCAAUUCACUCGCCCCGUUCUUCAGCUAUCUCUGUACCACAAAAUAUUAAUCAUGAUAUUGUUAAGUGUAAAUAUUUAAAAUCAACAAUUUGUAGCCUUAAUAUUGUUUUAAAAACCUUUUUUACUUGUCUUUUCUCUCUUUGUUUAUUCACAGAGAUACUUUGAUUAAUUAGAAUGCUCUUAAUGGAAUAAUGGAAUUUAAAAUUAAUCUAAAAAUAAAUACCUAUAAAGAACUGUGUAAAAGAAACAAAAACCUAACAGUGUGCAUAACUAAUAAUGAUAAUGAAAGUGAAUAUGAAAAAGGUUACUAAAUUGAUUUAGGACAAAUGACCUACUCCAAAUCAGUGCUCUAAUAUAUCGAGCUGCUUAAUUAUACCUUAACUGUAAUUAAAGGGGGAAACCUUGCAAUGUUCUAUUAAACGUCUAAAUAACCUUGUUUAUUCUUAUUAUAUCAUGACGUUAGAUGCCAUAAUAUAUUUAAAACUAUAUUUAUUUGUUAUUAUAGAUUUUAAAUAUAAGUAUUUAUUCACUGAUAUUGUCACUGUGAUUAAGUCAUGUACCAGAUUAUAGACCCCCAAAAAGUUGACACUGCACUUUGAAGUUACAAAAAUUAUGAAGGUUAUUCUAGGUUUGUUUUACUUUGUUCCAAAAUGGCAUACAGUUGAGAAUGAAAAUUUAAAAAAAAAAUAGAUUUUGAGCUGGCACCUCAGUUGUUUCAAAUUUGUUCUCAAUUGUUCGAAAAUAUUGCUUUAAAAAAAUUUUUUCUUAUAAAUUCUAAGAAAAUUGAUCAUAUUUUUCAACUAAUAUCCCACUGCCACUUAAAUUUCGAAAAAUCACUAUUAUAUGAGUUGUUCUAGAUUUUCAACGUUUCUCCACAUUUUUCGAAAAUAGCUCUUUGGAAAGGAAUUUGAUGUCCAGUAAUUUGAAGAUAAUUCAAUUUAUAGCAGUUACUUUAUUUUCGGGACAUCAAAUUUUUGUUCAAUUUUCUCUGAAACUUCGGUCGUCAGUUCUAUGUCAUAGUGGAACAAACAUAGAAUAAUCGCUAAAAUCUAGGGAAAAGCUAAAACAACUCAUAUUAUGGCGAUUACACGAAAUUAAGGUGACAAUAUUUUUUUUCAAAGCAAUUUAGAACAAACUUGAAACAACUCAGAACUAUGAUCAUUAUCUCGAUAGUUUGAAAGACAUUUGUGGAAAAUAACUUAAACGCUAUAUUUUGGAAUAUGAAACUAACCUAGAACAAUACAAAAUAAACGCCAAAAUCGCGAUACUUCGAAAGUACGGUUCCAGAUCAAAAAUCUUUUUUUUCCUCAAUUUUUUCUAAAAGUUUCAUUCUGAACCCUAGUUUUGGAACAAAAUAGAACAGCCUUCAAAUCUUUUGUAACCUCAAAGUGUGGUGGCAACUUCUAGGUGGUAAAUUAGAGUCUGUUCUCUAAAUUCUGUAUUCAAGUAUAUGUUUACUUGUUGGUUCAAUUUUUUUCUAUUCUAUUAUACCUGAUAAUUCUUGGAAUGGCUGGAUCAAAAUAUGUAUCGUACCAUAUGUAUCAAAUUUGACUACAAAUAACACUUUCUAAUCAAGUUUGGGACUAUCAUUAAGUCUUUAAAUGAUUUAUCACUAUUGUAAAUCAUGAUAUACUGAGAAUAAACUUCACAUCUGUUAUAUCAAUCAACUGUUAAAACAAUCUCGUACAUUAAGAAUUUUAAAAAUGAUCAUCUUAAGUGCAAUAUGUAAUUAUGUGUGAUCCAGAAUUAUUUACCUUAUUAGUACCAAUUCAAAGUAUAAUAUAACAUUUCUUUUCCACUUAAAUGUCUCCAUGGCUUGUUUGUCUUAAGGUGGUAUUCGACACCUGAUCACCAGUUUAAGGUCAUUUUUCGACAUCUCAAGGAGCUUCUUAGCAAUUUGGUUAUGAAUAUUUUGGAUUGUCUUAAGUAUGGGUUGGAUGAGACAUCUCAUGAUAUUACAGUAAUAAUCUGGUCCAAAGUAUAGAGCCGUUCUCUUUUUUUGGCAGUGUUGCCUGGUAUUCCCUGGUAGUCAUAUUAGGCUAACUUUCAUCCUUUUAACUAAGGUUUUUAGAGUUUGUUUAAACUCUAAAACUCCUGAAGACAUAUAUCUAUUGCUAGCAACUAUGCUUAAAAAAAAAUAGUGGAGAUAUUGCAUUUUGCCAGCUUCUUGCACUAUCUUGAACCAUCUGUAUACCUGAUUUCGAGUUUGCUACAGUUUUUAUUGACCCAUGAUUGGGGUGGUCAUUGAUUACCACUUCGAAUGGGAUAUCUGUGUCCUCGCUACGCAUUAGAUUCAUUGGUUUGUCACUGCUUUUUAGCUUUAUCAAUUCCAAAAUCCUCAGGUGACCUGUCAGAUUAUAAUUUUUCUGCAAGGUUAACCUGUAGGUGGCGCUAAAUGCCUCUUUUUUCACGAUUCGGUGGAUAAACAUGCGCCGAUUAUGUGACAAUGGAUUUAAUAUAAUUCUGGAUCAUUUAGAUAUGUAUGUAUAUGUACAGUGCAAAAAGGUACUCAUUUAUUAAAUAUGGGGCAAUAAAUAAUACUCUGGGCCAAUUUCCUAAACAUGUUUCUGGUCUGUUAAUGUAAAUAUUUUAUAUAUUUUUUUGUCAAACUUCACAUUUAAAUAAUUUCAAAUGUUAUACAAUUAUCUAUGGUAAAAAUAUAGAAUAUUUGAUUUAA